UGUGCCAUAUGACGAUUUUUGAUCGAUUAAAAUGUCUCCGCGAUCUGCUUUAUCGUAAAUAUGGACUGGUUCAGGAAUCGGUUCGAAUCUUGGCGCGACUUUUUGACAGCUAUAUAAACCCAUGGGAUGUGUGGUUGUGAUAGAGGUGAGCUUGGGUUAUUUGAUAGUGUAGCUUAUUUGAUAUUGUUGCUUGUUGUUUCUUUGGAGCCAGCAAAAAAGAGAAAGACUUCCCCUGUAUGGGAAUACUUUGAUCAGAUUUCUUCUAACAAGGUGAAGUGUAUGUUGUGCUCUAAGGAAUUGGGGUACAAUAAUAACACUUCAUCCAUGAUAAGGCAUUACCGUGCAUUGCAUGAGAACAAGGAGAGAAAUGGAUGUGGGCCCAGCCAAGCUACCAGAAAACAAGAGCUGGAUGAGGCCCUGGUCACAAUGAUUGUGAAAGACACACAGCCAUUUAGUAUUGUGGAGGAUGUGGGAUUCAGGGACUUUGUUCAGAAACUAGACCCAAGCUAUGUUCUUCCCACAAGGCAGGCUGUAAAGGCCAUGGUGGAGGCGAAAUAUGCCGAGUCCAAGGAGAAGGCCAAAGCUGACGUGAAGAAGGUGACUGCAGUGAGCCUGACGUCUGACCUGUGGACGUCCAUCAACAUGGGUGCCUACCUGGCAGUAGCUUGCCACUUUGUUGACAGCAACACCUGUCUCAAUUCAGUUCUGUUAGGAGUGCUCAAAUUUCCCCAGGCACACACUGCUGAAAAUUUAGCUCACUUGAAAGCCUCCCUCAUGGAGGAAUGGGGGAUAACCAACAAUGUAACAUGCCUGGUUACAGAUGGUGCUGCUAAUAUGAUCGCCUGUGGCAGGGAGCUGAGGCUCCGUCACACGGUCUGCAUUGCACACACUCUUAACCUGAUAGUUAAAAAGGCUCUUGACCAGACCCCUGCGCUCGCUGAUAUUCGGGCCAAGGCGAGGAAGCUCGUGGGAUACUUCAGAAGCAGCGUCACUGCUAAGGAAAAGCUUGCACAGCUGCAACAGCAGAUGGGAAGGCCUACGCUGAAGCUCCUUCAGGAGGUGGAGAACCGCUGGAACAGCACCUUUCAAAUGCUGCACCGUCUGGUGGAGCUCAAAGAGCCAGUGCGGGCAGCUUUAGCCAGUCUGGCCACUGAGAUACCCCCACUGAGCUCUGAUGAGCUCACCUCUGUGACUGCAUGCCUUUCAUUGCUCUCUGGCUUUAAUGAUGCCACUGUGGAGCUGUCAGAAGAAAAGAAGGUUUCUGGGUCUAAGGUAUUGCCACUGCUUAAAAUGCUAGAUGAAAAUCUGCAGGAAGAGAUGAAGAAUAUGGCAUCUCCAGUGGCAAGACAAAUGGGAGAGCAUCUGAAAAGACAGUUAAUGGAGAAGCUCAACACAUUGCAGUCUAUGAGCAUCAUGUCGCUUGCAACAAUGCUGGACCCUAGGUUCAAAGCGAUGGGAUUUUUUAGUCCUACAAAAGCCAACGAGGCCAUAAAAAGGCUUACAUCAGAGUGUGCUGCCAUAGUUAGCUCUGCAGCUCAACCAUCAGCAUCACACGGGGCUGAACUUGUAACUCCAGGUAACAAACUGUGGCGUCAUCUGGAUGACAGUGUGAUGGAGUCGAGAAGAAGGCACAGCGUUACAGCAGACGCUAGUGUGGAAGUCCAGCGGUACCUUGCCGAACCAAAUAUUGGGCGAUUAGAGGACCCCCUGCAGUACUGGGAGAGACAGAAGCUUAUAUAUCCUCAUCUGUAUAGGCUUGCUGUCAAGUAUUUAUGUACCCCGGCUUCAUCUGUGCCUUGCGAUAGGGUGUUUUCAAAGGCAGGAGAAGUUGUGUCAAAAAAAAGAAAUCGCCUUAGCCCUAAAACAGUUGAGAAAUUAAUGUUUCUGAAUAAAAAUGUCUGAAGUAUACCCUCUUCAUCAAAAUUUUAAUAGUUGAAACAAAUACUUUAAAAACGUUUCAAACAAUAAUGGAUGUCUGUGUAUUUUGUAAUUUUCUAAUGAACAUUUUUAAGUUAUCAAUUCUAACUAAUGGUGUGUCAGGAGUGUUUAUCGUAUUUAUCUUGUCUGUUACAAUGGAACAUUUAUUCAUUUGCUUUGUCAGACUCGUAACUGUUGUAACAGUGUACUCAAGUCAAAACACCCCAUAAGCUGGCAGGUGUUUCUUCGCUACUAUCGCAUUCAUACAGUGCUUUCUAGUAAAGCGUUUAUUACAAGUAAAUAUUAACAUCAAAUCUACAGGUUUGUUCUGUAUUGAAACAUAUUGAGCUGUAGAUGCACAAAAACACUAAUGAAAAUACAUGUAUUGCAAAGUUCUUCAACAGGGAGUUUUGUUUUGUAUGUAUCGUGUAAACUAUACAGGCGCGUACGUGUGUGUGUGUGUUUGCAUUUGUACAUGAGUUAUGCUGAAUUAUUGAUCUUGACUUUCAUUUACAACUGGAAGAGAAUUUCAUCUGCACUGCAUUUUAUCCACACUACAUUCUUGCUGUGUUUACAUCAUAGCGGGGAAAAAUGCGAGAAGGUUAGCUCCUGUCUCAACAUCUCUACAGUACGAUAUUUAUAUAGAAAUAUAGAAGUGCGUUCACAAACUCUUUAGAUCUGUCCCCCAGCUUCUCUAAAGGAGAGGCCGUGAUUUCGUACAUGGUCAAUUAGGGUAACUGCUUUGAUUUGAAAUUGGUCUGAACCUUCUAUCUCUCCUUCCACUGUGCUGUCCACUUCUUCUCUGUCCAUGUCUUCUUACAGUUUCUCCUCAUGAUCUUUACACCAAUGGCCUGCACUCUACUCAUCUACCCCCCCCCACCACCCUUUACAUAUUUUUUCUUGCUCUUUGUAUAUUUUUCCCCUUUUAAGCAAUUGAGAUAAAUGUGUUAACAAUUAGAAAAACUGCAUUUCCUUUGUUGUCUGUUAUUAAGCGAGCAGUUAUUAGUUUGUGGUUGUGCAUUUGAUGAUGUGACAGAUUACAGAGUGUUGUUUGUUGUGUUUGGACAAAUCAAUGUUUGUGAUUUGUAUAAAACCAAUAAAAGGAGCUACAAUUG